AUCGCGCGGCGGCGCGGCGGGGCGGGGCGGGCCAGGCGGCGGCAUGGCGGCGGCGGCGGCAGCCGUGGCGGCGGCGGGUGGGCCCGGGGCCGCGCCGCAGGGGCUGCGCGGGUGGCUGCGGAGGGCCUACCGCUUCGCCACCGACCGGAACGACUUCCGCAGGAACCUGCUGGUGAACCUGGGGCUCUUCGCCGCGGGGGUCUGGGUCGCCCGCAACCUGACGGACAUCGACCUGAUGGCCCCGCAGCCCGUCCCGUAGCGGCGGAAAGGAGCGGAGCCCACCUGCCCUCCCCGCGCCCCAGCACCAGGAGAGAUGCCUUCAGCCGUUCCCAGUUGCAGUACGUUCACGGGAAGUACCUGCUGUCCUCUGCAGAGCUGCUGCUCGCGCUUCAAAGCUGUCACGCUUGAAGCGGUGACAAGGGGGUGAAGCGUUUAAGUGUGUGGAGCAUUUAUUUCCAAUUUAUUCUGCAAGGCACAAGGAGAAUAGUUUUCUCAAGGAUGUGAAGCCAUUGCGCAUGGAAUUUUCUUUUGUACCCCCAUACACAUGUUUAUUAAAGUCUGUAGAAUAACAACAUCA